UUCUGCUUUGACUCAGCGCUGCCAUCACACUUGCUUUAUGGCUUAUGGUCUGUCUGCGCUGUUUGGUUUGGUGGCGUUUGGUGUUUGCUGCUGCUUGCUGCCUGCUGCCUGCCAUUCGGUGUUGAUGAUGUUUUCGCCGCUGGUACGGCGCACAGUUGUAAACGUGAGUGCCAAGCGUGUGAACGUGAUUUUCUUCUUCGCCUUGUUUUGUUUUUGCUUUCGGUUACUUAGCCAAGCGUCGCGUACUACAUUUGCCAUUUAGUUAUUCUGUGAACUGCUAGCAGGAAGUGUUCAUGAAAUAUAAAUCGGCCGAAGAUAAAACGGCAACAGCAGCAACAACAGCAAUAGCAAAAACAACAGUAUCAACGUUAAAUAAAUUAAAAACUCAUAAAAGGGAAUUAAGGUGGCAUAUCUGCGCAUGUGUACGCACGCAUACAACGGUGUGUGUGUAUGUGUGUGGUGCGUUGCAGUGAAAUACAAUUAAGCGCUGAGGCGAUGUGUGCAUUUAGAAAUAUAACAAAGUUGGUGAAAUUCAUAUUUUGUUGUGUAAGUGUUGUUGCACGUGAGAAAAGUGCAUAAAGUGCUUCGAGAAAACGUUUAUUUCAUUCAAAGUGAAAUACGUGCAAUCUAUAAUUAAUUGGCUGCCUGCAGCUAGAGCACAGAACCACACAAAGCAACACGUCCAAGUGAACACACAACGAAACAGUGUAACAAUUGCAAUAUCUUAGCUGAAAAAGGUGCAUUUGCACAAAGAAAGUGUUAAUAAUAAAGCAAUAAUAAUUAAAAGCCAGCCACCCGACAGCGUCAACAGCUGGAGCACAGCGGUAAUCACAGUAAUCGGCCGGCACAAUGGAAUAUAUAAAUAUGGAUAAGCGAUUUAAAAUCUCGAAAACGUUAAUUACAAAUAUCAUCUUUCUUUUGGUCUUCAUCGUCGCCAUCAGUGCACAAACUGCGGGUUUCGGUUUUGAUUCCGCCAACUCGUGCAGCACACAAGGAACUAAGCUUUCGCGACGUGGCAGAGCACAGAUGUUAGCCACCAUACCUUGCGAUCUGACACGACAAGCCUACUGUCAUCUACCCGGUUCGGCAUAUCCUUGGCAUGCGGUACGUCGUUUCGUACACGAAAACCAUGGACUCAUGAAACGCAUGUAUGGUGAUGUGAAACAUAUUUCGGUGUUGCGCGAUGAGAUACUCAACAACGAGAUCGAUGUAGAUGAUGUCGAAGUGGCCGCCGAACGUUACUCGAAGGAGCCGCAUAGAGCACGCGCGGCUAAAUACAUGCAAGCGCCGCGGGAGGAAUAUGGUAGUAUUAAAAACAAUGAUGUAGUGAUGGAACCGCAUUUUCGACCGGUCUCCACAACAACAACUACAACAACAGCCGCGCCGGACGAAAUAAAAGACGAAACUGGCAGUACAACCAGUGAGGCUAGCGUAGUGGAAGCGAAAAUGGAAGCCGAAGAGCGACCAGUGAAACCUCCGAACGGCGCAUUAAGACGUAGAAUUAACGGCAAUUCAAAUGGUGGUGGACAUAGACGGCGUGUCAAUGUUUAUGUUAACCGUAAUAGACCGACACAUUCAUCGUUACGCCGACGCACGACCACAACAACCACCACAGAAGAACCGCCGUCGCUAGUGGAAAAUGUAGAACAACCUGGAGAGUUGAUAUUACACGAAGAAACUAUACUUGCAAUACCCGAAGACGAUGGUAAUCUCGCAUCGAAUAGUGUCUAUGAAAUCCCUACACUACAGGACGCGGCAAUGCACAUCGGCGACAACAUACAGAUCAUCGAAUCACCACAACUCGGACAAAUGCAAAAACCAUUGACUGAAGAAAGAAAUAAUUCCGAGACAGCCACCAUAUCGACCACACUAAAGGUGGUUUCCACACCUGCAACCAAUAUGCGACCGGCAGCCGGUGCAAUACCGGCCUCACCGGCGCCGGUGGCGCCCACACCACUGCAACAACAACUGAAACCACAAGUGGAACGUCAACGACCUGGCCAACAGCCAUCACAAAAACUCAAACUGCAACAAGUGAAUAAACCGCAGCCAACAAAUGCCGAUACGAGCGGCAUAAAAGAAAGUUCGAUAUUAAAAUCAAAACCAACCAACGAAAGUGAACGUCCACAAACCGCCACGGCAAUAGCACCCGUGUACGACAACAACAACAGCGCCGCUACACAAACACUGAAAGCGGCGAACGACGAUACAGACGUCACAACGGACGCCGAUAAUGGGGCGACGCUGUCAAGCAUUGGCGCUACGAACGCGAACGCCGCAACGGACGUCACAACAACCGUGACGGCAACAGCGACGGCAACCGCAACAUUGGCAAACAACGCACAGCUGAAAUACGAGCUGACUAAAAACAAAAAUCAACAAUUUAACGGUGAGAAUAAAGCCGAACUGCCGGCAGCAGCGACGACAGUCGAGCAAACACCACCAACCACAGUCGCAACAAAGCUCACAUCCACACAAGCCGAACUAUCUUCGGCUGCUAAGACUACAAGCGCACCAAGUGUUGCAACAACCGGUGCAGAGGCAGCACCGUCAGCGCCACACACGGAACUGCUUGCCGGUGAGAAAAUUCAGAGACCACAGCUAGCGCCACAACGAGCACCGCAAGCUACUCCAGCGCAGACUACACCAGUCAGUGCUGCAGCGGCUGCGUCAACGAAACCAGUGCUACGCGACGGUCAAUUGUAUCAAGAUGCGCUCAAGCAAGAGGUGAAACCGGCUCCCAAUAUGCGCGGCAUUAAUGCCUGUCCCGUAAAGGAGGAGGUGGUCGCGCCCUUUUGGGCCAACAACACACGCGGUGAGGUGUUGGCUCUCCUAAAUCUCUACCCCUUCGAGCAGUAUGUGCAUUGGGAGAAAUGUACGCAUGAGAAUCGGCAGAUGUAUUGUCGCGAGGGUUGCCGCUGUGAACAACAAUAUCGGCUACAUCGUUUAUUAGCCUACGAUCCGCACAAUGAAUGUCGCGGCAUUUUCUCUGAUUGGUUUCGUUUUCCCUCAUGCUGCAUCUGUAAAUGCUAUGGCAUACCAUCGGAGUUUCGCGCCACAUCGCGUAGUCCGCGUUCCGAACGUAUGGAUGAUUUUGAGACUGUGGCGGAAGAAAGCGAUUUCGACGAUGAUAAUGAUGGCGCUCAAGCCGAAGAUUCAAUGGAAUCGGUGGGAGACCAACACUCACAACAUCCGCUUGAUGUUGCUGAGCGAUUGGUGAGACAAGCGAUCUACGAACAUGCAACCGAGGAUUGGUACCGACCGAAGGAUGAAUUCGAUUUUUAUGAAGGUUAGAUUUAGUGUGUGAUGGCAACAAAGACAGUAGCAAAAGCUGCCUAAAUUCAUUAGUUUCUAUGAAAUCAUAUUUAUUGGAGUUUUGUUGGAAGGAGUUAAGGUUUUCAGUAUAAAGUAAGUGGAAACUUAGCUCAGAAAAUAAGUGGUUUGAAUAGUAAAAAGUAAGGGAAGUGACAAUAAAAUGUUGGAUGCAAAUUUGUGG